CCUCAGGAGGCCCUGGGAGCCGCCAGAGGGCAGCGGGCGCCCGUGGAAGGCAUCGGUGAUUCUGUGAGCACAUGACCAAAGUGAGAGGACUCUUGGCUGCCUCUGUAAUUUCUGUCCAGAACUCCUGCUUCGUUUAUCCUGCUUGUCAGAUCUGCUUUUCUAGGCUGGUGCUGAACCCCAAGAGGUUUAACUGUCUAAAAUGUGGCUGCACAGGAGACGCUAAAGAUGCAGGGUACAGAUAUAGAUUGUCCCUGAAGAUUGCUGACACAAAUGAUUUGUUUGACAUUACUGUGUUUGGAAGUUGCUUAGAUCCAUACUUUGGUGUCACUGCAGGAAAUCUGCAAAGGUGUAUUGAAGACUUUAAUCAACUGUCAGGAGAAACAAACAACGAUGCAUCUCCAGGAGUGUUAGUUGAAGCAGUUGAAACCUGUUUCAUUGGAAAAAGAUUUAUAUUUGGAGUGAAGGGUUGUGCAAAUGAGGAUGGAGGGUGUUCUUUUGCCAACAGCAUCUUGCAAAAUUGUUCCAGAAUUAACAGAGGUACAAAAACCCUUACAGCUUGCCAGAUCUUCCUGCCAAAUGCUGCUGUUACUGGCUUUACUGUUAUCAGCUACUUCCAUCGGCUCCUGCAGUCCAGGAAAUUCAGGAACCAUAAUAACAGCUCACACUUACCUGGUUCAUUGUCACCUCUAAUAGAUGAACCUGUCAGCGAGCUCAGCAGCUUGUCUAGCUGGAACAGAAACUCCUGUUUUGUUCAGUCUAGUGGCAGAGAAAGUUUUUUAGGGUGCUGGCAGCAGUCCUUCAGCCUGACUUCAUCUGUUGCUUGGGUAACAGCGGAAGACUUUCCCACUCUAGAAGUGGGAAAGCUGGUGAGUGAACAGCAUGAAGAAGAGGGGAGGCCUGUCUCUGCAGAAUCGUGCAGUGUAAGCCUUAACAAUCAAACUCUUUGGGAUUCACAGUUUUGCAGCUCUUCAGUGAGGGAAGAGAAUAAAGAGGAGGAGGAUGAAUUAAAUUCACAGCCUAGUCAGAGUGACAGAAUCUCUGUGACUGAUAAAUUAGAGAGAGUUUCCUCUUCAGAGACUAAGUGUUCACUUCCAAACAGUUCCAGGUUGUUAAAAAAUCCCUCAGAGUUUGGAGUAAAAAGCAUUUACCCAAAGAUUAAUAGUGGAAAUGAGUCUUACAAAGAAAAAUCCCCAAACUCCCUUUUUUACAACAGACGUACCUCAACUUCUAAUCAUUUAAGUGUAACUGGAGUGUCUCAGACAGACUCCAUGCUUUGGGAGGAGCUCCCGUUCUCAGAAAGCCUAAAUGAAUUUUUAGUCAGAAUAGAAGGUGAGGGUUUUGUAAUGUCACCCCGUCUUGAUGCAGGCCAACAUACUGCCCUUGAAAGCAGCAAGUUGAGUGUAAAUCUUAACAAAUCAUAUCCCAGGCAAGCCCCAGGAGCUGGUGGUUUACCUGAAGGGAGCAUAUCAGGGAGGUUCUUGCCACCAGCAGAGAAAGAUAGUUGGGAGAGCAUAUCAUUUACUUGGCAUCAGUCAAAUCCAAAUCCUCUGAGUGAUGAGGUGUCACAACAUGAGUCUUUCUGUAGCAUUUCAUCUUCAGCUGACAAGGAACGUGGAGCAUCUUGCGUUAUACCUAACCCUCAUCUUCUUACUCCAUCACAGUCCUUACCAGUUACAUCAGAGUAUUCUGCUUCCAAAAGAAACAGACAGCCCAAAGAAGCACAUACUGAAGUUUCAAAGUCAGCUUGUCCUUUUAUCAAUCUGCAGCGUGCUGCUGAACAUGAAGAAACCUCCUGUUUACAAAGGAGCAAGAGAGCUACCUGCGUGCCGUCUGCGCGUGAUAGCUGUUCAGCUGGUAGUGGAAAUAAAGAAAAUUCUUAUGUAGCAAACCAAAGAAAAGAUCUUAUAUUAACAGGGACAUGGGACUCUGAUCCAGUAACUCCCAACAACACAAGGAGGAUGUAUGAAAGAGAAUUAAAAACAUUGACAGAACUGCAAGAAAAUACUUUCAGAAGUAUAAAUAAGAGAGAGACACCAAACAGUAGGUGCCCUGAAGGCAGCUACAAUGUUUCUGCUGAUCUCUUUGAUACAAGUGAGGUAGCAAAAACUGUAGAGUUCUUAAAUAAGUCAUGUAACUCUUUGAUACAGGAAGAUACUUUGACAGGAAAGGUCCCAACUCCAGAAAUGGGGCUUUUAAAUUUGGAUGUUCCCUGUAACCGUUUAAAACAGACCUCUUCCCUACAUAGGUCCCCUCUUGCUUUUCGUAAACACAGUACACCAGUAGCUUACUCCUCUUAUGAUUCAGAAUUCAAUUCAGUUAGUGCUCAAGACUUUGUUCCUUAUUCAGAGUCAACUCCUGUGGCAAAACCUAUCCAAAAACUGUGGCCUUUGGGGGAACAAAGCUCUUUUGUCACUAUAUUCACCCCUAAAAAUCCGGCUAAAAUCCAUUCCAAAUGCAAGCGAUCUAGGUCUUCCUUUCAAAACACUCUGUUACAGCAGCUUACUGGCAGGUUAGUGAAAUGCAAAAAGCUGUGUAACGAGGAAGAGAAAAAAAGUCAUAGCUCUGUUUCACAGCUGUUCCAAAACAGCCAGUUGCCUGCUGACUUUGAGGAGUGGAUCCCAAUUUCUGGAAGCAAAGAGAACAGUGAAAAAGAUGCAUGCUUCAGAAGUGAGAGGUUAAACUCUGGGAAUACAGCUGGGACUGUAGCAACUCCUGUGUCUGCAGGUACCACCAAGGCCUUGUUUUUAAAUGAUUCAUUCCUGGAAACUUGUUCCUCUUCAGAAGGAAAGAAUCGCUACUCACGUGCAAAUAAUUCAGGGUUUAUAUUGGAAGGGGCAACAGGCUGGUCUCCUGAGUUGUUCUUCCAAGCACAGAGCCCCUUUUUCCAUAAGCCAAAACAGUAAAAAGUUAUAUUUUUAUGCUGUUAUUUUAAAUUAUUUUUUAGAAUGACUCAGAUCAAGAAAAGAGCUGUUUAAAAUCCAUUUUUAUAUACUUUUUGGCAUAUGUCUUCCUAAGAUUAUUUGCUUAUUUGCAGAGCUUUGUACAAUAGAGAUGGGGAAAAGAGAAUUCUGCUGUUACUUUAUUUUACUGUAAAUUAAAACAUGCAAUAAACACUUCUGUAAAUGUG